CCUCCCCCUCCUCAGCCUCUCCACGCACACACACACAUCCCCGCCCGCCCCUGGGUGAGGCGCGGUGCACUGUGGGAUUGAGGACCUCAAGAUGGACAGUCGGGAUGUUGCAGGAAAAGCCAACAGGUGGUUUGGAAUUGCACCACCUAAAUCUGGGAAGAUGAACAUGAAUAUUCUUCAUCAAGAGGAACUGAUUGCUCAGAAGAAGAGGGAAAUUGAGGCCAAAAUGGAGCAACAAGCCAAACAGAGUCAUGUGGCCACUCCCCAGCCCCCAACUCCCAGAGAAAUUGCAAGUGCACCAAAUGCUGCUUCUGUCUCUAACAAGUUUGCUAAUGAUGGCAGCUUCCUGCAGCAGUUUCUGAAGCUGCAGAAGGAAAGAUCCUGCACAGAUGCUUCUCCAAGUUCUGCCUGUACUCCCACUAAUGUCUCUACCUCAAGCACUGGGAAAAGACCAAUCUUGAUUGGAAAGAGACCCAGCCUGGGAGUGAGCAACCCUCUCAAUCAAGUCAAGAACUACUCUCACGCCAAACAGAGCCCCGUGGCUAACCGCCUGAGUGUCUUCCAGUCUCCAGAUGAUGACGACGAGGAGGAUUAUGAGCAGUGGUUGGAAAUUAAAAUUUUACCCCCAGAGGAUGCGGAGACCCGGAAAGUGGUAGAGAAAUUGGCCAGGUUUGUGGCAGAAGGAGGCCCUGAAUUAGAAAAGGUUGCUAUGGAGGACUACAAGGAUAACCCUGCAUUUUCAUUUUUGCAUGAUAAGAACAGCAGAGAAUUCCUGUACUACAGAAAGAAAGUGGCAGAGAUGAAAAAGGAAAACCAGAAUGCCCAGACACCGUCUUCUCAAAAAGUUUCACCCCCAGAGGAUGAAGAGACCAAGACUUUUGCUGAGAAGCUGGCCAGGUUUAUAGCUGACGGGGGUCCAGAAGUGGAAACAAUUGCCUUGCAGAACAACAGGGAAAACCAUGCAUUCAGGUUCUUAUAUGAGCCGAAUAGCAAAGGAUAUAAAUACUACCGACAGAAACUGGAGGAGUUCCGGAAAGCCAAGGCCAGCUCUGUAGGUACAACCCCUACACCUGAUCCUGGUCUGAAACGGAAGACACCUCCAGAGGCCCCUUCUUCCUCUGCGUCCCCUUCCUCCUCCUCCUCCUCCUCCACCACCAUUUCCACUACUCCAGCUCCUGGCAAGGCAGUGGCUGCAGCUACAACCAAGAAGAAAAGGAAGAGCAGAUGGGGCCCAGAAGAGGAGAAGGUUGAACUUCCUCCACCUGAGAUGGUCCAACAGGAUGUGGACGCCUCUCCUUCCCCUCUGUCAGUUCAGGACCUUAAAGGGCUUGGUUAUGAGAAAGGAAAACCUGUUGGCCUCGUGGGGGUGACAGAGCUCUCAGAUGCCCAGAAGAAGCAGCUGAAGGAGCAGCAGGAGAUGCAGCAGAUGUAUGACAUGAUUAUGAAGCACAAACGGGCCAUGCAGGACAUGCAGCUUAUGUGGGAGAAGGCUGUCCAGCAACACCAGCAUGAUUAUGAUAGUGACGAGGAGGUGGACAAUGAGCUGGGAACGUGGGAGCAUCAGCUUCGUCGAAUGGAGAUGGACAAGACACGAGAAUGGGCAGAGCAAUUGACUAAAAUGGGCAGAGGAAAGCACUUCAUUGGCGAUUUCUUGCCCCCUGAUGAGUUGGAGAAGUUCAUGGAGACAUUCAAGGCAUUAAAGGAAGGCCGUGAGCCAGACUACUCAGAGUACAAAGAAUUCAAAUUGACUGUGGAGAACAUUGGCUACCAGAUGUUGGUGAAGAUGGGCUGGAAGGAGGGUGAAGGCCUUGGCUCAGAAGGGCAAGGGAUCAAAAAUCCUGUUAACAAGGGUACAACGGCAGUGGAUGGAGCUGGAUUUGGCAUAGAUCGGCCUGCUGAACUCUCUAAAGAAGAUGAUGAAUAUGAGGCAUUCCGUAAAAGAAUGAUGUUGGCCUAUAGAUUUCGACCUAACCCGCUGAACAAUCCCAGAAGACCUUACUACUGAGUAUUUUCCCAAAAAAAGUAUUUUCAGUACAAAUGUAAUUUUACUGUGAAAUGUUAUAGAACUGCAUUACUCCCACUCCCAUACCCUGUCUUUUUUUUCUUCUUUGUUGCAAAUACUGUAAAAUGUAUUAAAAGUCACAGUACUCUGCUUCACCCAGAACAGUGUUGUAGCACCAGCAGGCGGGCACACAAGCAUAACGCCCUUCCUCGAUGACAGCAUCUUUGUGAAGGUGGUGGUGUCAUAGAGGAGUAAAGAAGAAGGGUUAGCAUGGAAGCUUGUCCCUAGUAUCCUUUCCAAGGGGAAACACCAAAGAAUCCUUUCAGAAUCCUCAUGUUCUAUUGAGGGAUACCUCCUUUCCAGUGAUAAAGAAUAGUUUGAUUAGAAACUGAAUCUUCAUGCUGUAUUGGAAUUUAGAAUAUAUAACAUGUAAAGCGACAGGGAUCUAAGAGAUCUAACCUCCCUCUCAAGUUACUGAUAAAAAACCAAACCAAACAAAAACUCUGAGGUCCAGAGAAUGAGCCUGCUGUCAUACAGCAAGUUAAUGGCAGAGCUGGUACUAGGACCUGGAUCCUCUAUUGUUGUGUCCUACAUUGUGGCUUAAGUAGCAGGUUUACCAGGAGAUGGUUGUCCUCACACUAGGAGGCCACAAACAGUCCCAACCUUAAUACAGUUUUCAUUUCCCUUACCUAGCCUCCUGGCCAGUAUUUUGGACCUUUGCCUGCUCCUAAUUCUCGAGGGUGUAUGUGGAAUCAUAGCCCAGCACUUUCCUUUGAGUCUGUGAACAAAGAGGAGGCUCUAUACCUCCAGAAACCCCUGGGGGAUGCAUCCUUAUUUCUCUACCUCCUGUGAACAUGGGGUCACCUGCAGGUUCCUUUGUGACUUUUUGUGAGAGGUUUCCUUAUAGUGACCAACUUGCCCACCUGAAGGAGAGCUCAGGUUCCCUGAACAGGAAAAUGUCCUAUGCCUUACACUUACACCAGGGGCCUAAUUAGCUUCCUUUCUAUAUACUAUUUAGUGUGUUCACACCCUAGCUGUUCUUCUGUAACUCAGAGCCUUCUAAUAUACUUGGUUUCCAGUAAAGCCUCUUGAAAUUCUCUUUUCUGCAUGGUGAGGUUUUCCAGUCUGGGGUGGUGCUCAUCUUGCCGGGGAGUAUGUGGUUUCUUUAGGCUUCACGACCGAGCCUGGCCCUUUGGUAAAACCGGCAUGUUAUACAUCUUAAACUGAGGGUUCUUCCCAGUGUUUUCCCCGAGAGCUCAAGAUACUAAUUACAUACCACUACUCCCAGUCCACUUGGAACCAGUUAGUUUACUCUGUAGCUGCUGCUUUUGUCAUAAAAGGAAGAAGUCAGAUUAGACAGACUCCCAGGUCCUUUUCAGUUCUACCAGUCGAUGUUCUCCGAUGCCUUACAGCUCUCACUUUCUGUGCUCCAAAAUCCUUUCCAAGUGAGCAUCACUUCUACUUUUGGGACCAAAUCCCAAGAUUCACUGAGCCUUAAAGACAGUGACAUAUGCCAGGACCCUUAGCAGGGGCCUGGGUCUCUUCCUGGAUUCUUUUACUUUGGAGCUAAGAGGAAGCUUGGCAUGACCAACCCACUUUUCCAUUUCCUGCUCCACGAGCAUGUGUCUGAUUUUUGGCUGCUUUAAAGUCCUUCCCAUCUAAGAAUCCAUUAGCAAGCAUUUAUUAAGCACCUACCAUAUGCCAAGCAUGGUGCUGGGCACUGGGGAGAUAAAAACAAAACUGGCAUCUCUGUCCUCCUCAGGAGAAAACUGCAUGUACACAUUGGGGGACAGGAAAGGGAGGCACUAAGAAAGGCUUCCUGUAGAUGAUAGCACUUGGCCUGAAUUUUGAAGGAAACUUGGGUUUCUAAGAAUCUGUAAAUAGGUUGGAGCCAGUUGUGAAGGGUUUUUUAGAUGUGAUGAAAGGUUAUCUUCAUUUUCUACAAGGUAACUAGAUGUUCUUAAGUCAGAGGCAGCGUGGUACAACAGCAGGAGCACUAGGCUAGACUUAGUCGGUUAUUUUACAGGUGAGGAAACCAAGGCGAAAAAGGGACUCUUAAAUUCCAGGGUUAGGAGUGGGAGCCUGGUGUCCUGACUGCUUGUGGUGGGAUUUGGGCCAGUCUGCUUACUUUUCCUAAUGUGUUUUCUUUAUCUGUAAAAUGCUGCUACAACUUCCUGUCGUUCUAAUGGUCAGUGUCGUGUGGCUAUGAAAGUUGAGGAGACAUCACAGCACACUGAACACAACUUGUACAUGACAAGCAAGAAUCCCCUUUACAGUGUCUCCUCUCCCCCUCCCCCCCCCACGCCAGCAGCUCUUUCUAGUUUUCAAUUUCUCUUAAGUGUCAGAAAAUUUUACCUUCUGGUACACCAAAAUCCGACUGUGCACUGUCUGCCUGCUGUGACUGGUUUUGUCCUCUGGAUCCAAGCUCUUCCAAAUCACAAGUCUUCAGAUACUUGGUAGUAGGAAUUAUCAGUCUAUUUUUUCUCUGCCAAGCUAAAUGUCCCCACUUGCUUCACCUGAACCUCAUAAUGACCUGAUUUCUAGGCCUGCCCCAUCCUGUUCACUCUCCUGUGUACUCUAGUUUGUGUGUCCUACCUUUAAUGUGCCCAGAACUGAUCUGGGAUAUUGCAGAUGUGGGCUGUCCAAUUGAAACUUAUUUAUUAAGCAUCUACUGUAUGCCAGGCACUCUGCUACAUCCUGGGAAUAGAAAGAUAAAGUGAAAUGUUCCCGUGCCUGCCAGAGUUUACAUUGUAUAGAAGGAGAACUGAGGACAGUGUGAUGACCACUACCCUCUUUCUGGGAACAAGACCUCUCCUGAUACAUCCUGAAUUUCCAAACCUCUUCCCAGUUUAAGCCCUGCAUAAGCACUAUAGUUAUCUAUGUUGUUAUAUAUAUAUCCCUUUGUUAUGGAUGGAUGCUUGUGCUUACGAACCAUGUCUUAUUCUUUUCUGUCUCCCCUAGUGUCCAGCACAGGGCCCCUUGUACACAGUAGGAAUCAAUAUUUGUUGAGCUGAAUUUUGUCAUCAUCCUUUUUGGAAAGAAAACUGUUGGUUUUAACUGAGGUCCUAAAUUUUGUAACAUAAAAUAAUGAUUAUAUGAUGUGAGACUCAUCUUGGAGGUGGGAAGGGGGGAGAAUGGGAGAAGGAAAAGAAGCAGAGCUGCUUUGGGGUGCCCUUCACAUCACACCCCACAGAAGGUCACUUCCUCUGCCUACAAAAAGAGAUGGAUGUCUGGUGACAUGUCUUGUCUCUUUGUGUCUUUGAAGUGAAAGCAUUCUGGGCUAAGCCCCCAAGGCUUCCUGUGCAAUUUCCAUUAAAUGGUAUGGUUAAAGCCCUGGACUGGGCAAGGAGUGCCAUGGUCCUAAGUGCCAUUUCCCUCCUUCUGGGCUAUUGUGAAGAUCAAAGAGAUGCUUGUUGCACAAGUGCUUUAUAAACUUUAUGUUCCAUAUUCAUAUGAAAUUCUUUCCAGUUAUCAUAAUAAUGAUGUUCUUGGAUAAGCUAGUCAGGGCUUUUGUAUUCUUUGAACUCUUAGAAUAAUAGUCUCACGUUGUUCCAUCCCUACCUGUGCCAAGGUGCCACUGCCCUGGCAGCCACUUUGUUGUUCAUGACCCUCACCUUUGUCAGCUGCAGCUUCUGUUAAGUGUAAGCUGCAUGUGCUCUGUGCUGAGGAACAAAGAUGAAAAGUAAGUUUGUUUUCAGGGAGUUUACAAUCUAAUAGGAGUGUUAAGGCCUGCAUGCACUACUUAAAUACAAAUACAAUGAGAUACAGAUACGUGAAAGAACAAAGAGGCUUGUUAAAAGAUGUAUCUGUUGCCCUUUUUAAAAAAACAUCAUUUUCAAAUAUUCCCCUUCCCCUCUCCCACCCUGAAAGGCUUUCCUUUUAAUAAGGAAAAAAGGGUUGGGCAAGCAGUUCAGCAAAAUCUACAAACAUCAGCCAAGUCUGGUAGUGUUUGCAAAGUUCCAUGCAAAGAAUCCCCUGACCUCUGCAAAAAAGGGAGAGAGGGGCCUUUUCUCAUUGUUUCUUCAGAGACAAGCUUGGUCCUACGUAGGGUUCAUUUAAAAAAAAUUUUUUUUAUUCUUCUAACUUAAAUUGUAAUUGUGUAUUACUUUCCUGAUUCAGCUUCAUUUUGCAUUAGUUCAUGUAAGUAUUCCCAUGCUACCCUGAAUUCUUCAUAGUCAUCAUUUCUGAUGGCAUAACAACAUUCCCAUUACAUUUUUGUCUGAGGCAAUAUGGUUAGGUGGAUCUUGGUUCAAGUCCUACUUCUGGCACAUGCCAGCUGUAUGACCCUGGACCAUUCACUCAACCUUCAGUGCUCAAGGGAGCUCCUUACAAUUAUUAACUACAGAUAAGGUACCCACUUCUAUUGUUAUUCCGCCUUCUCUGGAAGUUUCUUAUAGCAAUGAAUGACAGGUUCAGCCCCUCUCAUGUCAAAUCAGUGAGCUUACUUUGUGCCAGACUGUCUACCAAACACCAGGAGUAUAUAAAGGAAGGCAAAAACAGUCCCUGCUUUCAAGUCACAUUCUGAAGGGGAGACAACGUGUACAUUAAUUGGUGUGCUGUAGAUGAAUAUCAAGGUGACCACCUUGGCAUAUGUGCCUAGGAGUGGGAUCUCUGGGGCAGAGGUUAUGAACAUUUUAGCCAUUUGGUUUGUUGGCAUAAUAUGAAAUUGCUUUCCAGAAUGGUUGGACCAAUUAAUAGCUCUACCAGCAGUGUAUAUUAACCAAGCAUUGAUUAAACACUUAUACUGGGCACUGUCAUUUAUGGGGUCUCAAAUAAAGGUUUAAAACUGCCCUCAAG